CCAGAAACCCUCACGAAGUUUCCUUCCUUUUUCCUUUAAAUUUCCUUAUCCCCUUCUUUCCUUUCUUCCCAAUUAUCAUUAUUCAAUUUCCCUUUUUUCUCUCCCUAUUUCCUCGCCGCCAAUGGCCGACGACGACGACGAUGCCUCCCUCUUAUAUCCGCCCUCCUACACACGUUACGCUCUCAGCGGCAAAAUCAUGCUCGGCGCAAUCAUUUUAUUAUUAUUUGUCGUCAUCCUCAUGAUUUGUCUUCAUCUCUACGUUCGAUUGUUCCUACUCUCCUCCACCCCCCGCCCAUCUCGUAUCCGCCGCCGUCGCCGCCGUCAACACUUUGUUUUCACUGCCGAGCCUCGAAUCGCCGCCGCUGGUGUUCCGUCGCGUGGUUUGCCGCAGUCGAUUCUCAAGUCCCUACCCGUUUUCGUUCACUCGGAGAAAACCGACCCGGAUCCGAUUUACUGUGCGGUUUGUUUAUCGGAAUUUGAAGAGAACGAAAUCGGACGGAGUAUUCCGAAAUGCAACCAUAGCUUCCACGUGGGGUGUAUUGAUAUGUGGUUUUAUUCCCACGCGACUUGCCCGCUUUGUAGAUCUGAGGUGAAACCCGAACCCGAAUGUGAGUCCGGCCCGCAUGAUGACCCGGGGGAGAUUGCCAUUGAUGUCUGUGAACUGGGUUCGAGAUCUGGUGAGGAAGAAACGGAUCAUCGGUGUCCGGUUGAGAUGGCGGCGUCGGUGGAGGUGGUGGAUGAUGAGUCGAGGCAUGUGAACGACAUGUCGGAUGAUGGGACGUCGAGGGCAACGGUGAAUUUUGUGAAGUCGUUGUCCGUUAAGGAGGAAAUAGAAGCAGUCGGUUCAGAAAGAUAACGGUUUUGUGAUGGAACGGAACGUGGCUAGAAUUGUAAAUAUUUGUUUUGUGAACCAAAAAUACAAAUACGAACUUUUUUUUUAAUUGCAAAUGUGGUUCUUAUAAUUUAGUUUUAAGAAAGAAUGUUUUAUGAAUCUUUUUUCUCUCUCUCUAAUUAUAAGAUUAAACUUGUAAUUAAUUUUUUUUUUUCUUAUUUGAAUAUAGUUAUGAUCAGUUUUGUACCAAAUGAUGUUCAGUUUGAAGAGUUCUAAUUCCUCAAGUAAACAUUUUUUUCUUCCA